CAGCACAUGUCUACGAUGGACAGUCCCUGGUUCACCGCUGGCUGGUUGCGUCCCGUUGCCCGGCUGAUAAGUUCAAGGCUUCAACAUGGUCGACGAAAAUAACGCAAGUGUUUGACCGCCAAGCAUAGUUAUGAUCCAGGUUUCAGGCACUUGCGGGUCACGCAUGCUGCUCUUGGUCGAUUUACCGCAAGACGAAUCAGUGCGCCGUUAACGAAAAGUGAGAGCCCGUGGUGAAAUGACGGUCAACUUUCGUCCGUAAUAUUGAUUCCUGAUUCACAAUACGCGUAUUAAAAUGAAACGCUCAUUCACCGGAAGUAGCCGCCUCCUCACCGAAGUAUCGCCUUUCUAAUAAUUACUCUGGAUAAUGCUCGUGUCUGUCGCUGUCUAUUAGUAGGGUUGCUGAUAUGGGACCUUGGUCACGUCGACGAUUCCGCAUAACGCCUCUACGGAUUCUCGCCGCGUUGCUAAUGCUCGGCGUUCUAUUCUGGCUGAACCUGGACCGGCAAGUUGUGCCGCCGGAACCUUGCGCCGUUCCUGAGGAGUUCACUGAAAAACUUCACGAACUUGCCUACAGGGCGCAUUUGGUGCUGGCGAAACAUGGCAUAGUUCACUUUCUAUGCUUCGGUGGACUCUGGGGUCAGGCGAGGAUAGGCCGGGCCCUCCCGUGGGCCCGUAAAAUCGAGCUAUGCCUCGUUGACAAUCUACGAGACGACGCGCUCAUUUCGAAGGCCUUCAGACAGGCUGGACUCGCCGCUACGUAUCUUCACGCCGCCGGUAUUUACCGAGUCCAGGAACAGGAAGUCGGCGAAGACGCUCCGCGGGUGGAAAUAAUCGUCUUCGAGGAGGACGUCAAGGCGCAGAUGGUCAGACGAGUCGGAUGGACGCGAAGAGUGCUUCCACCUGACUGCGAACUCUCUCCGAGCUUGCAGUGCUUCCCGCCACAGCUGGCGAUCUCGCCUUUACCGAUCAAGCAGUUUGGCAGUCACGUGUUGCCGGUACCACGCGAGGGUAUUGAACUCCAGAAGUAUCACUAUCCCGACAACUGGUGGCUCGAGGUGAAGCCGAUCGAUUGUAUCGAUCGCGAGAGCUCGUAGUACAUAUACGAUUUAAUCACGGAUAAGAAGAAAAAGGAUGUACCUGAGUAAUGUAUGUCCCAAAUUGGGGAUUGUUAAGAGUAUCGAGUGCCAUCCUUGUUCUCGCAUCGCUAGCUUCGUUCCGAAUGAUCAUGACCUAGCUCGGAAGUACGAGCGUAGAAAUACCGCUAAUAAUGUGGAUAUGAACAGAAAUUUUAACAAACAGAAAUUGCUUUCGGUUUUUAGUUACACGACUUGACCAAAAAAACGUGAGUCUAAUUUUGUACACUAUUUGCUUCAAGUUUGUUCGUACCACGAAGCCAUUAUACAAAUAGUGGUCCAUGCUUGAAAUUAGUCAAUAAUGAAAUGAUCCGUGCUAGAAGGACUGUAAGAGCAAGUUGACGACUAGCGUUGAGUCGUUCCAUACCUAAACAGAAGACUUUCUUCCAUGAUUACGAUACCUGAUAGUGCAUGUAAAUUUUUUUUAAUCGUAAUCAGCGCUUCUGUACAGUUAUCAAAUAUCUGGAGCACUGGAAUAAUUAGGUGCUUUCUUUUAGAAAACCGCGUAAAAAAAAAAAAAAAACUACUCACGCACCACUCUUUAGUAUCACUAAUUGUAAGUUUUAGUGUCAAAUU